UUUCGUCUGUAGAAGUAGGCUUAUUUAAAAUAUGUGCAGCCCCUGAAAAGUACUGUAGCUUACUUAACGUACCGAUUUAUCUUCUAUCUUUGUUACCUUUCUUUCUGUCCAAGGUGCAGCACUGACAAUUGCAAUGUACCAUGAGAUUAAACAUAGAUACUAUUAGAAAAGGUUUUGUAUAGAAAUUUGAGAAUUACGCACGCUACAUCUUCAGAACCAAUGCUGCCCAGGCUUCAUAAAGUGUGGUAGCCAUCUACGUGGUGUCACCGACGGGGUUUUCACGAUAAUUGAGGCUGUCAACUUUUCUUGUGGAAUGCACCGGAUUGGGGAAAACGAUGGCCUUGAGAGUUUGGUCCAAGAUCCGCUGCAAGAGGUGGGUGGUGUUGGCCGUCCUCCUCCUCUUCCCCCUGUCAGUGGUGGUGAUCAGCACCCUCCGCUUCACCCCCUCUGAGACCCGCAGGCUGCCCUCAACAGUUCUGAGCUCUACUGGAGCCAGGGCUAGAACCAGGCAGAGGGCCACGUUGCCACACCACCUCCUUCCUCCACCCCUCAACAAUCACAAAGGAGGGUGGAAGCAGAAUGGGAAAGGGAAGGAGUCCUGGAAGCACCGCCUGGUGGUGGACCUGCCCAGACUGGGUCGCAGAGCGAACGUUGUGACAGAUGGGAGAAUUCAUAACAGUAACAACAAGAAAGAUAUUAAAACUGAGAGAAACAAGACAAAAGGGAGGCAGCCAAGUUCUUCUAGAGAACAACAUAAGAAUAUCCAGUCACUGAAAGUCAGUGCUUUGCCAGUAAGGGAUGAUGGACACCAGCUUAGCAACUGCAGCAGUUCAGAGCUGUUCCCCCAUCCCCGGUCACCUACCACACAACCAAACGUCCACACAGCCGCGCCACAGACUGCAGAGCACAGACAGAGCCGCGUUGCAGACCAAAGUGUGUCUGACUCUGAUCACAGAUGUACUUCAGGUGGACGGAGGCAGAGCCAGAUGCACACCAAGCAGCUGGAGAGAAAGGACCUAACCGACCAGCAGGCUGUGAAAAAGCUCCCUAGAGAACGCAGGAAACAUGACAGACAGUCAGCAGCCGCCUCAGAGAGGAAACAGCCCCGUGCAUCUGGGCGUAAAGAGACCCAGCCUGCUGCAGAAACAGAGGAGGGGAAUGGAAGGGAGGCCCGCUGGUGUCCAAUGUCGUCUCGGGAGGGUGUGUUUCCAGAUACUGACACACAGGAAAUAAGGACCGGAUCGCCUGACUCUCUGCCGUGGCUCAGCAAAGAUGAUGUUCAGAAGAUGGAGUUUCUCAAAGGAAGUAAGGUGAUCAGUAAGGCCAGGGUCCCUGCCCACGGGCAGGUCCUACAAAUAGGCCUCGGUGGGGCUCCGGUGGCAGACCACGGUGGGCAUUGCCAGCGGGGUCUGUGCGCCCUGAUCAAACGUCCAGAUGACUGGUUUGAAGUUUUUGCUUUCCAUUUAGACCGAGUGCUCGGCUUAAACAGGAGCCUGCCCACAGUAUUGAGGGCCUUUCACAGUGACAUCCUACCUUAUAGGUACACUAGAGGGACAGCCAGACCUGUGGUGUGGUGGGACCCAAGCAUCCAGCACCUUGCCGAUGAUGAAAAUGACCAGAACUCUUUCCCUCUAACCUGGCCCCAGUACCAGAGCCUUCUGAAGGCCAAGUGUGGCAGUGGGGUGGCCCUCAAUGAGACCCCUUGUGUAGGGGUUCACCAUGCGGAAUGGGGGCGCCUGGCACUCUUUGAUUUCCUCCUACAGGUGAAUGACCGUCUAGACCGGUACUGCUGUGGUUUCCAACCUGACCCAUCAGAACCAUGUGUGGAGAACCUGCUACAUACAAGGUGCAGGAACCCUAAGGAUCUAGUGCUGGUGCACAUCCUGGUGAGGAGGGCAGAGCCUUCCAGACUUGUGUUCAUAGACAAUGCAGGCAGACCAAAUCAUUCCCAUGACAACAUCAACUUUCGCUUAGUAGAGGGCAUCGAUGAGUUUCCAGAAAGAGCUGUGUCGGUUCUCCAGUCUGGCUGCUUGGAGAGCAUGCUGCUGAGAUCUUUGUACACAGACAAGGAAUUCUGGGAGAGCCGAGGGGGGGCACAUGGCCUGAAGCCUCUGAUCCACACAGUGGAGCAGAGAGGGAGGAUUCUUCUGCGACACAUCUACGACAAGAGUUUGAAUCUGAACAGAUACCUGUGAAAACAACAACCCACCUACAGAGCAGAACUGGAUUGCAUCCAGGCAGGGGGGGGCUUUUGAUUGACAGUCUCCUUAAGGUGCCCUAUUACUGAAAUAGUGUGCUCUACUUUAGAUCAGAUCUUCAUUGUCUAUGAACACCCUCAAGGCACUGUUUAAAAGUAGUAUAAAUAGGGUGCCGUUUGGGACACAACCGCAGUAUUCCGGACUGGGAUAAAAUCUUCCCCCGCUUUUUUUUGUGUGGGUUGCGGUUCCUGUCCAUAUUAUAUUCCAUACAACUGUUCAGCAUCUUUUGGGCUAAUCGCAGUGCAAGUCUUAAUAUUCUUGUAUUUUCCAAUAAAUGUUUGGGAAGCUUUCAGCUGUAAUUGUUUAGAUAAAAUAUUUGAGAUUGAAUAGCUCUGGAUCCAGGAUUUUGCUGAAAGAAAGUCUGUAUUUACCAAAACUUUCUUUAAAUAACUAACAAUUAUCUCUACCAAUAUGUUCAAAAUUACAAAAGUUUUGAUUUUAACAAUUCUUUAUUUCACUGUUAAUAUUACAGAACCUUUUUAUUAUAAUUUCUUUUACUGAAAUGGCAUUUACAAAAUGACUGACACACCAGACUCAAUAUUUGGUAGAGCUUCCUUUGGCCAAAAUAACUGUAAUCAAGUGCUUCCUAUAAUCAUGGAUGAGCUUCUUCACCUCUGUAUUUGCAUUCUGGCCCAGUCUUCUUGUUCAAACUGCUCCACUUCUCCCAGAUUUGAAGGGUGCCUCACAAAGGUUGUUUUCAUAUCCUUCCACAGGUUUUCAAUAGGAUUUAUAUCUGGACUCAUUGCUGGCCACUUCAGAACAGUCCAGCAUUUUGUCUUGAACCAUUCUUGGGUGUUUUUAAAUUGUGUUCAGGGUCACAGUCUUGCAUGACCUUUAACAGAGAUUGAACGAUGAGCUCCAAAAUACCUGAUUUCGAGAUGCUGUACCUACAUUCAAAGCACCGAGUUCAAGAGGCAGCAAAGCAACCCAAAAAUGUCACUGAACCUCCUCCAUAUUUGAUUUUGAUGAUUUUCUUUGAAUUCUUAAUUUUGUUUUCUGUAAAGGCAUGUUACGUCAUAACGUACUGUAAGCUCACUUCACAGCAAGUUUAGCCAUUGGGAAUAUCCAUUUGGUACCAUUUGAAUACCUCAAACCAAUUUUUCAUUUAUAUACUGACACACAAAUUAUUUAAAUGACAGGAUAUUCUGAGAUUGACAAACUGUGAUCACCAAAACAAACUUACUGACUGACCCAACUAUUAAACGCAUACAUUGAGACCAGCGUUACAAAAUAAAAAGCUCUUCAUCCUUGGUUGCUUACUAAUUAGUUUGUGAAGUAGGCCGGUGAACAGCAAUAAUAAUUAAGUGGCUUGUGCCGAAGAUGGUCUAGCCACAAUUCUCUCCACUAUUGUGCACUGCUUUACAAUUUGUGCAAAUUUACGGGGGUUUUUACAGUUUAGUUCUCCAGUUUUGCUCAAUGGGAGGCAUUUUCAAGACAAUUUUUUUAAUAUACAGAGAGGAUGAGGUCCACAAUAACUUUUAAAUAUAUAAGUAUUGUAGACUACAUUUAUAACGAUCAUUGGUAGCACUAUGUACAUAAAUCAACCAUUUACACCUGCCUGCCUGCUUGCCUCCUGUUGAACCUUUCUCCUAAUGACUGCUACGGUCCCCUUGUAAAAGCUAUACUUAAUGACAAGCUGUAGUGAAAUGUUUUGAUCUUCAGUCCUGCAAUUAAGUAAACUAGCCAGCCCUGUGUUAUUUACCAGUUAAGAACUGUAGUUUACAGUUCUCCAAAACAGAAGAAUUACUUAAUUUUCUACUCAAAUUGGUUGAAUGAGUGACUAUUAUGAAUCAUUAUUGCAGGCACUUGCAACUCACCCUAGUUGAGUUCAGUUCCAAAGUAAAAAAGAAUCACCUGGUUCAGUUCUUAUUAUUUCUAACUACAGUAUUCCUAGAAGAUGCCAGUAACAUUGUCUGGGUUAUUUUAGUAAAUUUUUUUCUGUUUUGGUUUUGUUCAACAAUUUUUUUUUGUGUGUGAAUAAAAUGCAAGGGUGACAAUACUUUUGGUCACAGUUGUUUGUACGUAUUACUGUCCCCUGUCAUUGUCCUCAAG